AUGAGACAGUUCGAUCCGUGGCCCGUGUUCUUCAAGCGGGAGUGGGGCAGAAACUGGCCGUUCCUGGUCGGGUUCGCCGUCACCGGCUACAUCGUCACCAAGGUGUCCCUCAGCCUAACUGGUAUGUCGAAUCCCUCUUUCCGUCCCUCUUUCGUCGCUGCCGAAUCUCAAUCCUCUUCUGCGAAAUUUCACUAAGCGGCUGCUUUUCUCUUUUUUUUUCCCUUUGAUCCCUCCUCUUCGGCACAUAUCAGAGGAGGACGCCAAGAAUUCACCCUUCGUGCAGAAGCACAACAGGUAUGGUUUGUUGACUUCGGCAUCAUAG